UUUAGCUCCACUCUCUCUUCUCUGCCGCAUUGGCUAGGGUUUCUCGCACUUUCUCCUUCUCUGCUUCCACAAUUUAUUUUCUUUAGAUCGAUUCUUUCAUGGCUUUUUCUAAGCAAUAAGGGUCCAUUUCUUUCUAUCAAAGUCCUAAUUUUGUCUCGGUAGUUUCUACACUUAUCCAAACCAAUGGCCACAAUGAACCCCUUUGAUCUACUGGGUGACAAUGAUAACGAAGACCUAAGUCAGCUCGUCUCUGUUCAGCAGCCGAAACUCGCUGACAAGCCUAAGAAACCUGCGUUAACUCCACAAGCCCAGCCAGCUGCUAAGCCGGCGGCUAAGUUUCCCACCAAGCCAGCCCCUCCCACUGCUGUGAGGGAUUCAAAGACUGAAGGUGGACGUGGUGGGGGCCGUGGUGGCGGACAUGGUUUUGGGCGUGGAGGAGGUCGUAGCUACGACCGAGACUCAAGCAACAAUGACACAUUUGGUGGCAAUAAUGGAUUUUCUGGAGGAUACAGACCUUCUGAAGAGGGAGAAGGAGGAAAGCCCUCCGAAAGACGUAGUUAUGGUGCUCCUCGUGGUUCCUUCCGUGGGGGUCGCCGUGGUGGAUUUGGUAAUGAAGAUUCCGGGGAAGGAGAACGUCCACGUAGACAAUUUGAACGUCGUAGUGGGACAGGGCGUGGUAAUGAGAUUAAACGUGAUGGGGCUGGUCGUGGCAAUUGGGGAACUCCAACUGAUGAAAUUGCACGGGAGACUGAAGAACCUGUUGUUGAAAAUGAGAAGAAUGUGAGUGCUGACAAGCCUGCUGGUGAAGAAGAUGCUGGGGAUGCCAAUAAGGAGAAUCCCGUGAAUGAGCAAGAAGAGAAGGAGCCUGAGGAGAAGGAAAUGACUUUGGAGGAGUAUGAAAAGGUUCUUGAAGAGAAGAGGAAAGCUUUGCUUGCCUUGAAGACUGAGGAAAGGAAGGUUGACGUGGACAAAGAGUUCAAGUCCAUGCAACAACUUUCAAGUAAGAAGAGCAACGAUGACAUCUUUAUCAAACUGCGUUCUGCUAAGGACAAACGCAAAGAGGCUGCAGAUAAAGAAGAGAAAGCUAAGAAGUCUGUUAGCAUAAAUGAGUUCUUGAAACCUGCUGAAGGAGAGAGGUUCUACAACCCUAGUGGUCGUGGUCGAGGCCGUGGCCGUGGUUCAAGAGGUGGUUAUGGAGGCUACUCAGCCAGUAAUGUAGCAGCCCCUUCUAUUGAGGAUCCUGGGCAUUUCCCCACAUUGGGUGGCAAGUGAAAUAUUAUCACAUCUUCAGCACACCCUGAUGUACCCCCGUUUGGAAUCUUGUGAUCUAUUUAAGAGUCGAGUUGAGUCAAAGGUUUUUUAACAGGAAUGUUAUUUCCUGCAUAAAAAAAGCCGUCUUUAAUGUUAAGUCUUCUUGAGUGUAAAUUUUAGAUAUUUACCCAUGUUUAAGUCUUUGACAUGCAUGCAUACCCUUCUUUUUUUUUUUUUUUUUUUUUCUCAGUUUAAAUUAUUAGGUCACAUGGGUCAUUAUUAUGUCUUGAACUGAGUAGUGGCAUCAGUUUUGGUUUUGUAGUAGGUAUUUAGUUCUUUUGGAUUUGAAUUUCCGCAUUCUGGUGUUUCUUAUGCUUUACUUUUGAUUAAUGCACCUGGAGAAAUGAAUUUAUUUUUGUUGUUGGCCUU